UAAAAAUAUCGACAUUGGAGAAUAGAGAGUGAGUGAGAAAAGAGCGAAACUGAGAGGGUGAAGGCGUAAACUAAAAUUCCGCUCCUCUCUCCACAGCGCCAGUAGCAGCAGCGGCAGCGGUUGCGGAAAGAAAGCCACCACUUUCCUACACAAUCGCAAUCUCAUUCCUCUGCGAACAUCGGCUUCCUUUCAUUCCCCCAAUUUUUAACCUUCCUUCUUUUCUCUCUCUCUCCUCCCAGAAAAAAACUUUUUUUUCCUUUCUAUUCAAAAAAUUUCAAAUCGACGGUGACAUAUCCAGGUAAAAUAUGUACUUGUAAGGAACAAUUCAUUGGUGAUUUUGAUGGAACCUCACCAAGAGGUCAAGGCUUCAAACGGGUGGACCGUUUCUUGAUCUGGUGGCUGCCAUCCAAAACAUGCUAUGGGGUGGGUUAGGAUAGCCUGGGUUGUAGGGCAAGGUUUAAAUUGUGAAUGGCCAAAGUUAGCAAAGUGCGAAAGUCUGAUUCCCGUCAUAAAAAGGUGAAUCCUUAUCUAUUGCCAUCUUAUCCUAAGAAGGCUGGCAAAGGCUCCCAGAAGAAAAAAUGUUUGAAAGCUUCAGAGAAGAAAGAUUGGGAAGCUGCAAAAUGUUCAGUUUGUCUGGAGUUCCCGCACAAUGCUGUUCUCCUUCUUUGUUCCUCUUAUGAUAAGGGUUGCCGCCCUUACAUGUGUGCUACUAGCCGGCGCUUUUCCAAUUGUCUUGAGCAAUACAAGAAAGCCUACACUAAAGUAACUUCAGUUGAAAAUGGGUUGAUGGACAAUUCGAGUCUUAUUUCAGGUGUUGGGCAGCCCACUGACAAGAUGGAAGUACCAGAGCUUCUAUGCCCACUAUGUCGGGGACAAGUGAAGGGUUGGACAGUGGUAGAACCUGUACGGAAAUAUCUCAAUCGGAAAAAAAGGGCCUGCAUGCAAGACAAUUGCUCAUUUGUUGGCUCCUACAAAGAGCUAAAGAAACAUGUUAGGGCAAAGCACCCAUUGGCACAACCUCGAGCAGUGGAUCCUGUACUUGAAGAAAAAUGGAAAAAGCUUGAAAAUGAAAGAGAGCGAAAUGAUGUGAUCAGUACAAUUAUGUCAUCAACGCCAGGGGCAAUGGUGUUAGGGGAUUAUGUGAUUGAGCCAGGCUAUCGUGGUAUCUACAGAGAUGAAUAUGAUUCAGACGACUCUCUUGAUGAUGGUUUUAUUAAUCUAGAUUCUACUGUUCGCUUGCAUACUAGAUUCAUGGAAUAUGACCUAUUUGAGGAGGAUGACUUUGGGAUGCGCCGUGCUUUUCGUGCUGUUUCCCCCCUAGCCCGCACUCGGCGUACUCGCUUGUUGGGAUCAGUAGGACUAAGGCGAUUCCCUAGGGUCCGAGGCCGUAAUGGAAGCCGAUAACUUAUGUGACUACUUAUAAGGACUGGAUCAUUUAUUUAUCUGCAAUUUAUAAUAGUUGGAUCUCUUUGCAGCUGCCGUCA